AUGCCGACUCUCUUGUUCACCGUGGCUCCUUCCGGGGCCGCAUACUUUCAUGAUCUUCUUACCUGCCUGGCAAAGUUCGAUGAGGAUGUUUCCCUCGAGGCGACACCACAGUUUCUUCGACUUUCGAGUCUAAAUAUUUCCAAGACUGCUCAUGCUGCAUUUACCCUCAGUUCCUCCUUCUUCAACAAAUACCACUUUUCCCCGGGCCCGCGCACUACCUCGGCUCCGGCUUUGCCAAAGCAAUGGUCUUGCAAGCUUCAGAUUCGGGCUCUGCUGUCCAUCUUCAAGCGCCGCCUGGGAGACCAACGAGACAAGGACACAGCCCUUGAGACUUGCGACUGCGAGCUCCAGGACAAUCUGGACCAGGCAGAAUGUCGACUGGUGUUCCGGUUAAACUGUCGACACGGCGUUGUCAAGACAUAUCGCCUGUUCUACGAGGCCGGGGAAAUCCUCCAUGCGGCUUUUGACAAGAUCGGUUCGACCAACUACUGGUCUGUGUCGUCGCGGACACUGCGCGACAUCGUGGAAUACUUCGGCCCCAAAACCGAUCAGCUGGAUUGGUUUUUCCAGAACGGCAAAGUGACUUUCACCAGUUACACGGAGAAGAUCCAGGCUGGAAGAGAAAUCCUCAAGCAACCCAUGCACACCUCCGUGGCCCUCGAGCGCAAAGAUUUCAGCGACUUCAAUGUCCAAGAAGGGUUACAUAUCGGUACCGUGGUCAAAGACUUCCGGGCGAUCGUAGCACACGCCGAGACCAUGCAUUCUCAAGUGACGGCAAGAUAUUCGCGAGGCAAUCGACCCCUGCAGAUCAGUUAUGGAGAAAAUGGACUCCAAGCAGAAUUCACCCUCAUGACGAGAGGCUCAGCAAAUGUUCCAGUUAGUACGUCGACUAGAACAACGCCAGCUCGGGAUCUCUCCAUGCGCCCUGCAUCGCGACCUCCUGAGGCACCAACACCAACAUCACAAACCUCACUCCGGAAUCCUCGACCUCCACAAAGUGCAGAUACCGGCAUGCCGCCUCCAGCACGCAGUUCCUUGCACAAUCGAGAUCAGCCCACCCAGUCAACAUCUGCCAGAGCAGAUGCAGAAGACUCCGCUCCUUCGCUUGCUGCUGCUGCAGCCCCAACGCCGUCCAUAAAUAUUGAUCCACAUAGCCUCUUCUUUCCCGCGGAUGACGACGACCACCAAUGGGACGAACCCAACUUUGAAGCAGAGCCCGAUAUUGUGACGUGGGAUGAAUCCGCGGAUAAUGCUGCGUCGGCAUCGAACUCGACACGCCGGAUCCGCGAUUCCGAAUUCCAUUCGUUCGCCUCGAUAUCGGCGCAAGAGCAGCACGACCGGAGGACGGCGAGUCUGGCGAAAUCACGGUUUCCGGUGGAGAUUGCGCCAACGCAGCGACUUUCGCAGGUGAAGGGGAUUUUUGACUGA